CUCGCCAAUAUUAAUCUUUGACUGGGACCUCCCGCAAGUCAAACGAGGAUUUUUUUAACUCAUGAAUAAACAUCAACAUUCUUUCGAAAUCAGUCAAUAUGUCUCUCAAGAUCAUCAUUGUCGGCGCGGGGCUGGGAGGCUUGGCUGCCGCGAUAUCUAUCAAGCUGGAAAAGCCAGAGCACGAUGUACUAGUUAUUGAGUCUGCGCCAGAGCUAGCUGAGGUUGGGGCCGGCCUUCAAGUUACACCAAAUGCGACAAGGCUACUGAUACGAUGGGGUUUGGGCAACAUUUUGAAGGAUCUGUCAUCUAGUCCAGAAGAAUUCACCAUCCAUCGAUAUUCCGAUGGUAAGAUCCUGGGGAAACGAGAGGGUUAUGGGAAGGAAAUGGUAGAGAAAUACAAGAGUCCAUUCUGGGACAUGCACCGGGCGGAUCUGCAGCUGGCCUUGUACGACCGCGCAACCGACUUGGGAGUCAAAUUUAGGUUCGGAGCGCUCGUAACUAACAUCGAUGCACGCAUUCCCUCUGCCACGUUGGCGAAUGGGGAGAACAUUCAUGGCGAUCUCAUUGUCGGUGCUGAUGGGUUGUGGUCAAAAUGUCGCGAAUCUCUCUGGGGUAAAGCCCAUUCUCCAAUCCCAACAGGCGAUCUCGCAUAUCGCGUUAUACUGCAGGUUCAAGACAUCGAAGACGAUGCGUUGAGACACUUCUUCGAGACACCUAGAGUCGCGCUAUGGGCUGGUCCAGAUUGCCAUGUCAUCUGCUACCCCGUCAAGGCCAACAAGCUGCUCAAUUUGGUGCUCCUAGUCCCAGACAAUCUUCCGGAAGGAGUAUCGAGAGUUCCUGGAGAUAUCGGGGAAAUGUUACAGAUCUUUCAGGAUUGGGAUCCAAGAUUGAGGGAUCUAUUAUCUAUGGUUCAAAAGGUGGAUAAGUGGAAGCUGAUGCACAUGGAAGAGUUAGAGCGAUGGUCCAACUCUGAAGCCACGGUAGUAUUUUUGGGGGACGCCUGUCACCCGAUGCUUCCCUACCUAGCCCAAGGUGCAGGCUCGUCACUGGAGGAUGGAGCCGCCCUGGGGAGUCUGCUAUCCCGAGCUACCAGCCGCGAAGACCUUUUUAAGACCCUCCAGAUAUACGAGAACCUUAGAAAGUCCCGUAGCUCUUCUCUGCAGAAAGGAAGCAUGCGCCAGCGGCAAUAUAAUCAUCUGCCUGAUGGAUCCGAGCAGCAACAUCGAGACCGUUUAAUGAAUGAACAAAUGGCAGAGCCUCUGCCUGGUUAUCCAUUCUAUUGGCUCGAUCCCGCACAGCAAAGCUUUGUUUACGGUUACGAUGUGUAUGAGGAGAUCAAACGUCAUGACAGAAUGGGUACAGGACUGCUUUAG